UCGGGUGCCUUAGCGCGCAAUCAAGGAGCGGCUGCGGCGGGGUCAGGGCGCGGAUGCUGGAAGUUCACAUCCCCUCGGUGGGGCCCGAGGCCAAAGAGUCCAGGCAGAGCCCAGAGAAAGGCCACAUGGUGUUCCAAGUCGAGGUGCUGUACAGCGGACGCAGACACACUGUGCCAAGGCGAUACAGCGAGUUCCACGCUCUACACAAGCGGAUCAAGAAACGGUACAAAGUGCCUGACUUUCCCUCAAAACGCCUGCCCAACUGGAGGACCAGAGGAUUGGAACAGCGCCGGCAGGGCUUGGAGACCUAUAUCCAGGGCAUCCUGUACCUGAACCAGGAUGUGCCCAAGGAGUUAUUGGAAUUCCUGAGGCUUCGCCACUUCCCCACAGACUCCAAGGCCAGCAGCUGGAGCACCCUGAGGGAAUUCCUGCCUAGUGACAACAGCUCACAGCUGCACCACCGGCCCGUCAUUGGCUUCUGUAUGGAUCCCUACAUUUACACCCCUCCCCCAGGUGAGACAUCUGCUUCUGUAACCUGCUUUGUAACUUACUUCAUAGAAGCUAGUGUAAUCCAGUUGGUUCACCUUGUCUCUGCUCCCCUGUGGCCUGUCCUCCAAAGCUAAUAUGAACAGAAUGUGGGCAGGGGAAAGCAAACAGUGCAUCCCGUUGGGUAGACAGCUGAGCUUGUAGGCAGCACAGAGUGCUGUAAGACCUAGGCCAGGCCCAUCAUAUGCUAGCUCCCUCUCCUUCACCUUUUCUCCCACAGAACCUCUCCCAGAAGUGGUGGUGGAUGGUGUCCUCCAGGGUCUCUAUGGCUUCAACACUAGCCCGGCCAAAGGCUAACCGUCAUCCUGCUCCAUCACCAAUGCCCUGGCUAGCCCCGUCUUCGGGUCACCUGUCAGGACAGUUAUGUGCCUCAGUCCUAGGAGUUUCAUAUAAGAAACUGGGUCGACCCUUGGACUAGCCUCAGGGUGUAACUAGCCGAGGCUCAGCUGUGCCCAGCCCCACUCAAGGCUCUGAACUUGGUGUGCACUGACAGCUGCAGUUGGCAGACUUGCCCAGGGGCUAAGGCAAAGUCAAGAUAAAGAAAAGAACAUAAAGGAAUUUCAGGCAUAGGCUGAGAAGAUUCAGGUGGAUUUCCUAGCUCAGCCUGGCAGGUGGCAGAAGCUGGGCACAGUAGCUGGGUAGCUUCUGCCUGAUGACUAGUGGGUACCACCUAGGCACAGGCUUAGGAAGGAGCCCAAGGAAGAGGGAUGCAUCUAUCUCCACAAAAGAGUCCUAGACAUGCUGGGAUGCACACUCAGGACAGGUGCUUUAUAUAUACCCUCAAAGCCCACACCUAAGUUAUAAAAAAAGAAAACCCACUUUUAUUGAUCAGCACUGAUUCGAGUUUGAUAUAAAAACAGGCCUGUGGAAUGUGAGAGGGUGUGGGUCCACUCCCUCAGAUGGAAGCACUGGGGCCAAGUGGCAUGAAACCUUGUGACUAGCUACCUUCACCCCUGUGAGGGUAGUGACAGGACCUGCGUACACACUGCUUAGAGGGAUGAGGCUAAGACUACUCCUUGGCAAUGGCAAAGGGCUUCUGCACUUCGAUCUUGCCGCAGUCUGCGAUGAUCACAUCCUUCAGGGGCUUGUCCCGACUGUCAGUCUUGGUGCUCUCCACCUUCCUCACUACGUCCUAGGAAAGAAAGUGGGGGUGGAGGGUAGAAGUCAAGAGGCACACUGCUGGGACAGCCCCAGGGAGUGGCUUAGGAGGGUUGAGACCCACAUGGGACGAACACGGAAACCCAGGGAACCAAGAGCUCAGGAACCGAUGGCCAGGUGAAUGCGGAGCAUAGGUGCUUAGCUGAUUCAACACCGUUCAGGUGGGAGUGACCGAAAACAGAGGACCUCACAGCAGGCAAACUCAGCAAGGUCUUCUGGACAGGUUGUCUGGGGUUUGGGAAGACUCAGAACCCUGGGGGGGCGGGGCAUGGAAAUAUAGGUUGGAUAUCAUGCACUUUUUCUUUUUUCCUGACUG